CAUUUAAAAUAUUUUAACAGCAAAGAUAAUGAAUUCUGUUUAUUCUGUGACCAAUAUGCGAAAAGCAAUACAAUUAAUUAUUGAUAAAUUCGAAGAGGAUGAAGCAUUCCAUUUAAUCAACAUAGACGAUAUUGUUAAUAAAUAUGAAGAAUUUCAAGAAGUUUUACCUCAAGUUCUUCCAUUUUAUGCCGUAAAAUGCAACAAUAAUAUAAUGAUAUUAAAAGUUUUGGUAGCCUUGGGUUGCGGAUUCGAUUGCGCUACAAAAAAUGAAAUUCAAACUAUGUUAUCGUUAGGUGUUUCACCCGAUAAAAUUGUUUAUUCACAUCCAAUUAAACAAGAAUCACAUCUUCAAUAUGCUGCCUCGGUGAAUGUGGAUAUGAUGGCAGUUGAUUGUAUAUCUGAGUUGCAUAAAAUUAAAAAAAUAUAUCCAACUGCAAAAUUAGUAUUACGAAUCAGUUACGAUGACGAAUCUUGUAAUCAUAAAUUUGGUGAUAAAUUUGGCUGUGAUCCUGACAAUGAAGCAUUUGAAUUACUGUGUGUUGCAAAAUCGUUGAAAUUGAACGUUAUUGGAGUAUCAUUUCAUGUAGGAUCAGGUUGUAACAAUUGUAAUGCGUAUAGGCAUGCAAUAGAAAUGGCCCAAAAAGUGUUCGCAUUAGGAAAAACAAUUGGAUUUAAUAUGGUCCUAUUGGAUAUUGGAGGUGGUUUUCCUGGAGCUAACCAAAUAGAUUUUCAUAAAAUUGGAAGAGUUGUUAAUGAUGCUAUCCAAACAUAUUUCCCAUGUGAAAAUGUACAAAUUAUAGCAGAACCUGGUCGAUAUUUCGUUGAAUCGGCUGUAACUAUUGCGUGUCGGAUUGUUUCGAUGAAAAACCGAAAUGAAAAGAUUUCAUACUAUUUAAAUGAUGGACGAUGUGGAUCAUUUUCAUUUUUAAACUUUGCCUAUGAACCAUUUGAAUUAAAAAUUUUAAAAGAUUUGGUAGAUCCAGAAAUGCAUCCAUCAACGAUUUACGGACCAACUUGUUGGGGUGAAGAUAUCGUUGAUAAAUCAAUAUAUUUACCACAGUUACAAAUUAAUGACUGGCUAUAUUUGGAAAAAUUCGGCGCUUACAAACAAGUAGUAUUUACGACUUUUAAUGGUUUUUCAAUGCCAAAAAUGUAUGCAAUUUGUAGUACAGCCAAAUGGAAUCUUUUCAAAACAGAUUUUCCGAAUUCUGUAAAUAAAAUUCAUGAACAUGGUGGUACCUGCAUGAUUAUCAAUAAUAAUUAA